UGGGCACUUUGUGCCAGAGGAGAGCUGGGUUCGAAUCCUGCCUCAGCCAUCAUAGACACUCAAGCCACACUCUCUCAGCCUCAGAAGGUGGCAAGGGCUCCACGUGCCAAGAAAAGCCUAGGGUGGCCUUAGGGUCGCCCUAAAUCGUAAAUGACUUGCAGGCACACAACAACAACAAGAAAAACUAGCCUGCCAGCCCCCUUGAGCCCAGGGUGGCUCCAUCACAUUGAGUGACUGUGGUCUGGGAGGGUGCUUAGGGGAGCUUGGCUCCACCAAAAUCUGUGGCAUCUUAGGGGUGCCACGAGUUGUUUCCCCUUUGAUUGUGGGUCACACAUGUAAACCCCCCCCCCAUGCUUAGACUGUUGACUCACCUCCUGCCUCCCCUUCUUCUGUAUUCAUUGUUUUGUGAUCACUUGGGAAGAGCCUGGGCAGGCUUUGCUGAGUCACCCUGAGCUGGCUUUCCUGCCUCCUUUCCUCCCUUCAAAAGGCAAGAUACACUGUCUUUUCUGCAAGGUUUCCCUCUUCAAGCUUGCAGCCAUUUAGCCAAGAGGCCCUGCCUAAAAGAAGGUGGCUGUUGAAGUCUUUGGGAUUUGAAGUCUUUGAGAUUUGAAUCUUGUGACAAUGGCUGUGGUAAGGAAAGUUAUCAAAACGGUGCUCAGUAGGGAGCAAGCAGAAGGAGUUGGGGCUCGUGUGCGUCGGAGCAUUGGCAGACCAGAGUUGAAAAACAUGGAUCCAUUUUUGCUGCUUGACGAAUUCAAAGGAGGUAAACCAGCUGGCUUUCCUGAUCACCCUCACCGAGGUUUUGAAACAGUAACAUACCUACUGGCAGGUGGAUCCAUGGCCCAUGAAGACUUUUGUGGCCAUACAGGCAGACUAGAUCCAGGAGAUCUGCAGUGGAUGACAGCUGGCCGCGGGAUUCUGCAUGCAGAGAUGCCCUGCUCUGAAGAGCCAGCCCAUGGGUUACAGCUGUGGGUCAAUUUGAGAAGCUCUGAGAAGAUGAUUGAACCUCAGUACCAAGAAUUGAAAAGCAAAGAAAUACCCAAACCUUCACAGAAUGGUGUGACAGUGUCUGUCAUCUCAGGAGAGGCAUUGGGUGUAAAGUCCAAGGUGUACACACGGACACCAACACUGUACCUGGAUUUCAAGUUAGACGCAGGAGCAAAGCACACACAGCCAGUUCCCAAAGGUUGGACAGCAUUUAUUUAUAUGCUCUCUGGCAACGUUUAUGUUGGUCCUUCUGAUUCUCAACAAAAGAUAGAGCCUCACCACACGGUAGUGCUGGAUGAUGGGGACUGUGUUCAGCUUGAGAACAAGGUCCAUUUGUGAUGAAUACUCAGGAAGAAAUUCUACAAGCCAUUGAUGACUACAGAAAUGCAAAAAAUGGAUUUGAGAGAGCUACCACUUGGAAAUCAAAGAUUGGAAACAAAUGACUUGGGAUAUUAGAAAUGUGACUGGCUGACUUUUUAUGUUUGUAGCUAUACAUUUUGAUUCUUCUAGUCUUUCGACAUGAGUUACUGUGCUUGCUUCACUGGAGCUAAUCAUUUGGGUUUGCCAGAUUUACUUAUAGAAAAAAGUUAACUUACUGUUAUAGAACAGUACAUCUGUAGGGUUUUUUAAGUGUGUGUGUGUGUAUUAUGUAAUGGGAAAUAUAAAGAAAUGUAUUUCUUUGUAAUAAAAAGUACAUUCAUUUUCAGUGUA